UAAUGGAUAACUUAGCAUCAACUUCGUCUACAAAAACAGCCUUAAAAACUCCUUUAGUUGAGACAACAAAAACUGCGGUCCCUACUCCAAUUCGGACAGUUCUCAGCGAGAAUACUUCGAUAUUCUUCAAACAAUAUGGCAGUCAAUUUGGAAAAUUGCGUCUCUCAAUGCAAAAUAUAUCCAACAGCAUUCUACACUUCAAAUUCAAAAAAUCUAGCGGCACUAAACUCGCGAUAGAACCACAAGCCAGCGGAAUAAUUGGAAAACGUUCAGAAACCCUCAUAACUCUCACUUGGGACAUCUCUGCACACGAAGCUGUAACCCCCGAUGGCUGGCACUAUGUUAAAAUGAUUCUUUUGCUGGCGAUAGAUGGGAGAUUUGAAGAUUUGGAUAAUUGCUCAUUGACCAGAGUUGUUGGAUAUCUACCGUCAAAUGCAGCAAAAUUUGAUGAAAAUGCAAAGCCUGACAUUCUCGUUGUUGAUGUUCCAAAUAAAUCAAACAGUAUUCGACAACAAUUGAGUCGCCGAGAACCAAGUCCUGCUCGAAAAAAGGCAAGUACUUCAAGGCAGUCAAUUGUUCCUCGACAGGCUUCCCAGGCUAGCACAAUAAAAAGCACUACUUCGGUUCGCACUGUUUCGUCAGAACUUCGACAUCUUGAACGGACACUUUCCAAAUUAGAAUUGCUUGAACGGCAACAAUUUUCUCGUUGGCUUCUUCUCUAUUUCUUGCUAAUUAUGUAA